AUGGGAUUCCUCAUGCCUCCGAUUCGCAUGGCAGGACUCCCCGACUUCCACAGAGUCCAGGCGGAGGAGAGCCAAAUCGAGCUGUCGAUGAGCAGACCACUUUUCCAGAAGCAGUUAUGCCAGGGCUUGAAGUACAUGGAGCUGUGGGACGAGUAUGUCACGGCGAAGAACCGGCAAGCGCCAGUGACAGCGAACAUGGCCUGGCACACUGCGUCAGUCUGGGUUCGCUCAGAGGCCGAGAAGGCGAUUGUGGGCAGCACAAUUGACACCAUCAUCAUUGCCACCUGCUCGGGCUGGGCUGGAGUAUUCAUCUUCACCUUCGACUUCUGGCUGGCAGUGAUCGUGACCUGUGUGGUGCUUGUGGUGAUCACUGGCUUGGCCUUCUUCAUUGUUUGCAUCAUGGGCUGGGCAAUCGGGCCCAUAGAGGUGAUAUCGUUGGUGGUCUUCGUGGGCUAUUCCGUCACUUAUGCCCUCCAUAUUGCCCACAACUACAACCAGAUGCUGGCGUCCGACAAGGACGUUCUGGAAGCCGAGGAGAAGGCUCGCAAGAAGGAGAUGAACCGCAACCUGGCCAAGGCUGCUCGAGAGCGCGCGGCUCGUGGGCAGCUGGAUGACGACGCGGAGGACGUGGCUGACGUGCAGCUCUCUGUGGAUAACAUUCAGGUCUCACCCGAAGACCUCCAUGGGCCGCUGCUCCGAAAGGCGCGCACGCGCGUGGCUGUGCUGCAUGUGGGUGGCGCCACCCUGAGCUCCGCCCUGUCAACUGCCGGAAGCAGCGCUUUCCUGCUCUUUUGCACACUGACCAUUUUUGUGAAGCUUGGGGCGGUGGUGGUGGCUGUGACGGUGCUGUCCAUCCUCGGGGCCAUCGUUACGCUCCCCGCUGCGUUGAUGCUGGUGCGCUUGGGAGGGAAGUACCCACCAGGCGAUGUGUGCACUCUGAUCAACGCCGCCAGCGUGGACGAGUGCAGCGCUUGUGGCUGGGCCUGCCCCAAGGGGAGCAAUUUGGACAGCGACUUGGAGCUGGCGUGCCGAGAUGCCGCGGAGCAGAUCUGGAGCGAGGCCUCCCUGAAGGUGCUCCUGAUGCUGGUGGGCAAUGUGCUGGAGCAUCCUGGUGAGACCAAGUAUCAUGGGCCCAUCCGGAAGUCCAACCAGCGUAUUGCCGCUCAUGUGUUGCCUGUGCCCGGCGCUGUCAAGGCCCUUCAGCUCGCAGGUUUCCAGGAGGACACGGAGGGCUUCUUCCUGCCGUGGGUGCGGCCGGGCGCGCUGCGCCAAGUGCACGCGGCCCUGCGGCGCCAGGAGGCCACGCUGGCGGCCGGGGCCGCGAAAGCGAAGCCUCGGCCGGCUUUAGCAUCCUCCAAGCCGAAAUUUGAUGAGAAUCUGCUUCGAGAGAUUCAAGCGGAAGCACAGUACCAGGCCCAGCUCCGCACACCCGGCGCCCCGUCCGCGCCGAAGCCGGCGCCGGCAGCGGCUCGGUCCACCGGAGAUCUGCGGCUGCGCCUCCGCGUGCAGCUGAUGGGAUCGCUGGAGCUGAAAGUGCCCAGCACCACUCGGGUGGCGGACUUCCAGGGCCAAAUCAAGCAGCUCACUGGAGUGCCAUCGCACCAUCAACGGGUUCGUUUCGGCUUCCCCUCGCGUGUCUUGGAAGGGAACGACGCCUCAUUGGCGGACGUGGGCCUGCAAGAUGGGGAGCUUUUGAUCCUGGAGGACCUCCAUGACCUUUUCUUAGGCAACUUGGAGAGUGGGCAGUUUACCAUGGAAGAGAUGCUGGGCAAGCUGCCGCCGGUCUCAGAGGAGGAAAGCACAGAGUCAUUGUUCUUCGACGUUCUCUCGGCCUUCCAAAUUGGUAUGCUUGAGAUGGACUUCUGGCGCACGAUGCGACGGAAGCUACGUGAAGCGCUCGCGGGAAAGGAGGAGGAAAUGGAGAAGUUGGCGGUGGGUCUGUACAAACUUCAGCGGCUGUUCCGGCACCACGACUCACGCCAGAGGCUUCAUUUGAUCCUCUCCUCGCUGCCGCGGUCACGGCACGCCAACAAGAUGAAUGUGAAAAGAAGCUCGUUCCUCUUCUCGGUGGCAUGUCAAGUGGGGGACAUGGAGCGCGGUGCGAUGCUCUCGCGGCUGUGCAUCAGCUACGACGGCGAGAAGGGUGUUGAUGCUGGCGGCCUGACGCGGGACUUUUUCACCAGCUUCGGGCUGCAUUUAGCAGAGGAGCCCAACCUCUUCCAGCCCACUGGUCGAGGAGGGUUGCACCCCACUCGCCGCUCCCGGCCAAAGCAGCCCACAGACCUGCGCACGCCUAGCCACCUGAUGUACAAAGUUUGUGGGCGAGUUUUUGCUAUGGCCAUUCUGCACGGGUGCAAGGUUGGCCGCCGCCUGUCGCGGCCAUUUGUGCGCAACCUGCUGGGCGCGGCCUCCAGCCUCACCCUCCAGGAGUUGCAGGAGGAGCUGAAUUUCGAGGCCGGGGAGGAGAGGGACUUCCGGGGCAGCCGGGAGUUCCUGGAGAAGCCGCUCAAGGAGCUGGGCCUUGAGGGCGUGUUGACCUUCCAAAACCAGGGCGAAGAGCUGGAGCCAGGAGGCGCACAGAGGGAGGUCACCGAUGAGAACAAGGAAGACUGGCUGAUGAAGACCCUCCGCUGGGAGCUGUUCGGGGCUGCCAACUACGCAGCCGGCUGGUUCCGGGCUGGCCUCAUCGAUGUCCUGGGCGGCCACAAGACGAUUUGCCCUUUGCUUUGCCUGUUCGAUGCGGGGGACCUCAUGGAGCUUUGGGGCACUGGCGGCAUAGCGCGACAGGAGCUAAAGCAGUGGAAGGCGGUGACAUCUCUGAAUCCCAGCAUCCAGCAGCAAGGCGCCUGGUUCUGGCAGGUCCUGGAGGAAGACUUUGAUGAUGAGUUGCGGGGCAAGGUGCUGCAGUUUGCCACCGGCUCCUCCAGCAUCGGGCGCCAGGGUCUGGUGGACUUCCGACUGGAGCCGGGGGACGGAGGAGAUGGUCGAUUGCCCACGGCCAUGACCUGCGGGCAUCUGCUGCAGCUGCCGCGCUACUCGAGCCGCCAGCAGCUGCGUCGGCAGCUGCAGCAGGCCGUCGAGUCCACCGGCUCCUUUGAAAUGCUCUGA